AUGGACGCAAUCCUCCAAAUUUUUAAGCGGAGCAUAUGCCCAAGGACCCCCUUCUUCGAGUCCCUCGCCAAAAAACCUCCCACAACCAUGGACGAAUUAUUCCAGCGUGCGAAUAAAUACUCCAUGCUAGAGGAUGACAUCCGUGCCGCUGCACAGCAGGUCCUGGUAACUGGCCAAGCCGUUAAAAACGAAGCCACCAGAAGCUUCAAAACACCCAACCAUCCUGGGUCAUCCAACAGGAGAUGGCCAGUGCCAAUAAGAUCCAACCCCUCAGAAAGGGACCGCAACAAAAGAUGUGAUUACCAUAAAGAUCAUGGGCACACGACUGAAGCGUGCAUAAGCCUCCGUUACAUGGUGGAGGAUCUCCUAAAGGCAGGACACUUGAAGCAGUACAUCCGAAUAGUGCCUAAAGGUGAAGAAUCUCCCCAUAGUCGAGGUCUACGCGCCCCAACAGCUCCUGUUAGGGCAAUGAUCAACUACAUAUACGGAGGACCCUUGGAUGACGAGUACAGUUCCAAAAGGAAAAGACAGAGAUUGCUGCGAGCAACUACGGUUCGGGAACAUGUGAGCUCCAUCCGGCCAGGAUUAGCCAAUGGAAGCAUCCAUCCCAUAGAUGGAACCAUUGUCUUCCCCGCUCUAGAUCCAUCCCGAGUGCUGCAGCCGCACUGA